GUUUGGAAGAACAUUAUUCUCAGACCUUAAGAAAUCUGGACUUUUUAAACAGUGUGCUGCCUAGAGGAAUAGAAGGAAUUUAUACUUGUAGCUUCCUGGCAAUUACCUUUUGGGUAUCUCUUCCUUUCUCUGUGGUUUUCCAUAAAGAAACACCAUGAGCACAAAUCAACGAAAGCGCCGUGGAGGAGCAGUUAACUCCAGGCAAGGUCAGAAGCGAAACAGACUGACAGCUUCUACUGCAGAAAUGGCUUCAGAAGCAGAACCGAUAGAACUUGAAGAAAGUGCCGGUGAAGAAGUAGUAGAUCUCACAUGUGAAACUUCUGAUCCUGUAGUCGUUGAUCUAACUCACAACGACUCUGUUGUGAUUGUUGAAGAAAAUCAACGACAGAGGAGAAAUCUUAGACUAAGAAGCCAGCGACAGUCAGAUAGCUGUGUACUGAGUAGUGAUGAUGAAGAUGAAACACGAGAUAACGAUGUGUAUGUGACAGAUAAAGUGUCUCGGGAAUUGGGACCGCUGGAAGAUGAAACUGCAAGUUCAAAGCCGUCUGGUACCGUUAGCUGUCCCAUUUGCAUGGAUGGCUACUCAGAGAUCGUGCAAAGUGGACGACUAAUUGUGUCAACCAAGUGUGGCCACGUCUUCUGCAGUCAGUGCCUCCGUGAUUCUCUUAGAAAUGCCAACUCUUGCCCAACUUGUAGGAAGAAACUUACUCACAGACAAUAUCACCCCAUUUAUAUAUGAGCACUUCUAUUUCUCAGGACAGACUCUACUGGAUUUGGGGGAAAAAAGGUCUUGUUUCCAGUGCUCUGAAGAUUUAAAGAGCAGCAGGCUGUAAACUUCCAAAUAAAACUGAUUUUCUU